AACGUGCGCGCAGGAAACUUAACCGUGACGGGUGUUCUGGCCGCACUCGCCCCCGGAGGACACCUCCACAGCUCCAACCACCCACACCCACUCAACUUUGUUCGCGGAGGCAUUGAGGCUGAGGGACAGAGUCCUACGGCAGGGGUGUCCGCCCCGCCCGCCACCUCUGGCGAGUCUCAGCGGCCGCUCACGCCGCAGGCAGCAAAAAAGGUGCAGGAGGACCGAGAAGGAGUGUCAAGCUUGGGACCCUGGGGAAAUAUGAGGUCUCCCGGUAGAGCCACGAGACCGGAGAGGGCGGCCGCGAAGAGCCCCCGCUCCUCCUCGGUGGACAGGGUGCCUCAAGGUGCCGGGCCAGACCCGGCGCCGAGGUGCGGCCAACUCGCCGCCUCGGCCCGACGCCAGACGCCCCUCCAGCGCCAAGGCGCCGACCCGGUCCCGAGACCCCGCGGCGGGCUAAGCCGGAAGUCCCGCCCCUACGUCGACGUCACCGACGCCGCGCGCCCGCCACGGCCGGAGCGGUUAGAGGGAGGAGGCAGACCAACCGCCCCGGGAGCCGAGCUGUCUGCAGCGGGAACGGCGGUCAGAGUGGGGCUAGGGUGGCCACAGAAAUUCUCCGGAGCCCAAGGGAAGGGCAGGCCAAGCGCCGGGGCGCUUGUUUCUAGGAACCAGAGUGACGCGCGUCGUUGGAGCGGGAAGCCGGGCCUCCUGGCGUCCGCCCGUUGCGGCGUCUUUGGGGUGGUUCUUCCGCGCGCGCCUUUCGUUACUCUGCCCGCUCUUUCUGGGCUUCCUGACGGCAGGGAUGGGAGCCCUGCCGCCACUCUGCCCGCCAAGCCCGCCUGCUGUCCUGCCUGCGUGCAUGUUUGCGAGCUCAAGAAGUCGUCUGCCCACAACAUCUGCGGUGGGGCAUCACCCUCGAGCUGGGAGUGGGCCCAGCGGGCCUCGAGAGAACUCUCAGAUGUUACUUACUACUGCUUAGUCUACAGGACCUCCACUUUCAAAGAAGGGUCUUCCUGAGAAUGUAUCUUCAUGACAUGAUGGAAAAUUUGGAAAGCAAACUAAUCGAAAAACUAUGUUCAGAGCCAAUUAAAAGGGUUAAAAGUUGGAUACAGAAAUAAAUUUUGGGAGAUGAAGCUGGGAGUUGAAAUCCAGCAUGGAAAACAAGAUGAGCUGCAGUUCCCAGGCUGCAGGAGUAUUCACAUUUUUUAUUGAGUUGAAAUAGUUUUUUUUCUUUUGACUUCAACAGCUUUUGUAAACUUUGGGUAAACUUUGCUUAUGGUUGUCAGGAAGGAGAACAUUAGAAUGUACAGAAGUGUCUCAACCUGGCCUACAGUAUCAGUGCUCUUACUACCCCUAUUGGUGUCUUGUUCAGAUUUUUAAGGUCCCACUUCAUUAUCAGUUUAAUUCAUGUUCACAGUUUUAACAUCACAGCUAACCAUAUUUUUAGUAGAUGGUCUGGAACCCCUUGCCUGAGUUAUAGGCAGAGUUUUUCACACUUUUCUCUUGGAAAAUCUUCUCAUCACCAUUAACAAAUGCUUCACUAACUAAUUAAUUUACUUAGCCAAUAGCUGUUUCUCAAUAGGCCAGCUUUGGAGGCAUUUUCAUAGCAUUAUUUUUAUUUUGCAUCUUAAUUUUUUUGGAUGUGAACCAAUGCCAUUUUUAAUUGCUGUUGGAGACAUUUUGUCAAAGGAUUCCUUUUUAGUUCCUUCAUCUUCGUCAUCUGCUUCAUCUUCUUCAUAAGUAUCAUUUCCUGAUAUUUCUGUUACCUUAAAAUAUUUGCAUCUAUACUUUUUCAUGGUUUUUCAAUCCUAUGUUUCUUUUCUGGUCUUUGCAGCAGGUUCUUUCUUGAAUAGGAACAGCUCCUCUAUAAUUCCUCUGGAUCUCUCUUCUUGAGAAACAACUAGAAGAAGGUGAUUAUUGGGACAAAUUAUAGCCCUUGUCACUCAGUUGGUCUCAGGACUGCAACUACUACUUAUCCUCCUCUCCCUCCAUUGCCCACUUCAAAAUCUACUCUCCUUCAGCUAUCUUUGCCACAGGUCUUAGUAGUUUACCUGGGUUUAACCCAAAUCCUUAAUUUCCUGAUUAGAAAGUAUAUUUAUUAGAAAUGACAUGCAUCUCACUCUGGGAUUGCUGUACAUGUCCUUCCAUAGCUACAAUUAAGUAUCAAAAGGCUCUCAAGUUCACAUACAUUUUUCCUCACCCACUGUGUGAAAGCAGUCCUUUUACUCCUUAUUGAUCAGUUACCCUGCCAAGAUGGUAACUCCUCUUCGUGCCUGCUGGUACUUGGACAUGAAAAGUCCAAAGUGCCCAAAUAGCUAUAGCUUAUAGUUCAAUGAGACCCUUAGCAAAAAAAAAAAAAAGCAUACGCUUUGGGAGCUAGGACUUCUAAACCUUCAAAGCCCAGAGUUGUAAGAAUAGGAAACAGCAUUCCCUAAUGAGUCAGUAGGAGUGAUGUUAAGUGGGACCACUUCUGCUUCCCCUGCUUUUGGUCCCAGUCCGGGACCAUACCUAGAUCUCUGAUUUAUUGUAUAUGCUGCAUCCUAAAGGAUGACACUUCACUGUUGGCAAAAUAUUUAGAGGCACCUUCAGUAGGCUUCCCAGUGAUAUAUCAGGCUGGCUGCUCUGGAAAGCACACUCAGUAGAUCCCUUGAUCAUGAGCUCACACUACUACUACCUUUACUAUGAAGUGGCUCACCUGUUUGGAUGCUAUGUUGAAUUGGAUCCCAUGCCUAUGUCUGAGUCCUUCUUUAAGCCCCUGGAUAAUGGUAUGGGCUGAGGCCCUUCAGACAAAAAGUCAUACCCAGAAUAAGUAUCCCUAUGAGAUUGAACCACAAGCCACUUCGGGAAUUGGGAAUCCAUAUUACUGAGUUAACAUCAAGUGGCUAAUUUAUCUCUCAAGUAUUAAAGCCAUAUCAGGGAUGCAAUGUCAGUCUCUGCUGCUAGCAAGUUAGACUUUGAAAGGCAGAAGUAGCUAUAAGAUUGGCCUUGGUCAGUGGGAACUCAUGCUGUUUUAUUCAUGUGUUGCCUCUAUCUCUGCAAACAUGGCCAUUCCAUUUAUGUGCCAUUUUGGAAUGGACCAUGACAAAGCUUGGCUAACAUCAAUUGGUAGAAUUCUUUUAUCUAUUUGAUUUUUUCAGUUUCUCUUUCAUUAGUGAUGGUGCUUUAUGAUCAGAAUAAACAUGAAAUAACAAAAAUCUUCACCCUUUGUGCUCACUCUCUUAUGUACAUCCACAUGCCUGUAUUCAGAUCUCUUUUUCUCUAAUCUUCAUCUUUUCCUUCAGGAUCCUGACUAGCUGGCCAGGCCACUAACAUUGCCAAGGAAUCUGUACAGAUUCUCAGUACCAAGUCACUUCUCCUUCCACAUAAAGUUGCCUAUGAGGAAGAUUUUUCCUCUAAGCUACCUUUCAGGAUGAUCCCUUAAUGUAUACUUUCCACUCAUAUACCAAACCAAUCCAUUAAUCAAUCAAGUUUGACCUUUUUUCUUCUCCUCCUAUGGCAUGUGCAGCCUGAGGAAGGGGUACAGAUGCCACCAUCGUGAGAAAUAUAGAGGGGUCUGUGCUACUAAUUAAUUCAUGCAGCUUACUCAAACCCUCUUGUCCUGGUGUUUGAUUUUGAAUGCAUCAUUUCUGUAUUAUGCUGGGCCCAUUAACUUUAUGACUGAGCUCAUGAUGGACACUUUUAGACACAUGAUAACCUUUAACCCACAGUCAAGCUUUCUGUCUCUAUGAGGGUCUAAUACCGUAUGAGGAGCUGUUUCUUGAAAGGCGUAAAAUCCUGUGCUGCAGAUGGCGUGGCCUUUCUCCUAGACUCCAGAGUCCUAUAUUCUGAUCUCCCAUUGAGACUUGCUGUAAACUCCACACUGACUGUUGCAGUGCCCUUUGCUGCUCCUGGUUGCACUUGGAGCAUACAUCCCUCCAUGUCUCCCAGGAUAUGAGCUAGAGGAGUAUUCCCACAUGUGGAAUUUGUUGCUUCCAGGGCCCAAAGAGGCCCAUUAGAUAUCUUGCUUCAUUAUAGUAGGAGAUGCAAUAUGCAAAAGUUUGUCUUUUACAAAAGAGAGGUUGUCUUCACAUGCCACUGACUACUAGACCACUAAAACUUUACAGAAGUGUCAGAUUCUUGGAUCUUUCCAGAUUUUACCUUAUACCUUCUGGAUCUAUGUGUCUUACCAAGGCCUCUGCCAUACAAGCUGCCCUUUCUCAUUCUGCCCCAUCAACACAUUACUGAUAUAUCACAGUGCUGUUCUGUAGGAUGUCCAGACAAUCCAGGUCUCUCAGACAUUAUUGCAAAGAGAUUGAAGAAGUUAACAUAGUCCUUGGACAAAACUGAAAAUAAAUAUUGUCUUUUCCACAUGAA